AUGCAUCAACAAUUUCCAAAUUUUAACGUUCCGCCUCCGAAUUUUGCACCGAUCGAUGCACCUGAAGAGGAUUUUGACGCCAAAAUUGAUUUUUUCUUGAAGAAUCAUCAUUUGGGACCCAGAAAAAGUCAUAAAAAGGAAGAAUUUGAACCAAAAUUGAAACUUUCAGACAUCCAUCGUCGAUUGGAAGACGUCUCAAAACUUAAAUCCGAGUUGAAAUCAUCACUCGAAGCCAUAAAAUCACAAGUUCAUGACCUAAGCGAAGAACAAUUUCAAGCAAAAGUCCUCAUCACAGAACAACUCCAACAAAAAAUUGACGAAAACUUGAAAUUUCUAUCAGAAAAUCGCCAAAAAAUCCAAGAACUCAUUCAAAAACGCAGAAAUAAGCGAAAAAGUCAACGACGAAAUAGAAAAAUCCUCAAAGAUCGAGCAAAAGAAGCCCUUUUAACUCGCGAACAGAAGCACAAAGAAAUCGAUCACAACUUGAAACAACUCCACGAAGCCUUGCGAAUCGAAAAACAAUCUCUUUUCGAAAAAGAAGAAACCAAAAGAACAUUAUCGCAAGUCCACAAAAAGAUCCGAAAUGCCAGAGAAAAAUUAGAUCUCCUCAAAUCUCUCGUAAAAUUACGUCAAAUUCGGAAACAACAAUCACAAAGACCUGAACUCGAUGUCAAUGAAGCAGAUUUUUUGGAAGAAAUGGAAAAAAUGAAGCAUUUAUGGAGAUUGGCACUCGAACAACACGAAGCGGAGGAACAAAAACUGCAAGAAUAUCUAAAUGAAAAAUUCAAACCACAAAAAUCCGUCGAACAACAAUGGAACGAAACAAUUUUUGGCGUUCCUGAAGUAAAAAUAUCAAAUAAAAAGGCAACUGAUCAUCCUUUGUUGAAAGCAGAAAGGAGUUUGGAGGAUUUUUUGGGCAUCAGACGAGAAUGGGACGCUUGCCUAUCGGAUGAGGGAUCAAAAAUUCCCUUUUUUUGGGUGUUGCCUAAUGGAAAUAAUACUGAAUGGGAUGAUUAUCGUUACGAAAAUUCAUGAAAAAUUAAUUUUUUGGUCUCAAAUCGACUUCAAAAAAUCAAAAAUUAACUUUAACUAACAAAAAAUCGACGUUUUUAACUAAUUUUGACAUUAAUUUCCCUAAAUUUAAGAUUUUUCACACCUUUUACGACUGUCAAAUAAUUUUUACGGAGGACUUUUAUAAAUAAUUCCACUUUUUUGCAUGUAAUUAUUACAAUUUGUAUGUAUUAAACUUAUUUUUGUAAUAUUAUUUAGCAUUAACGCAUC